UAUCACUUCCUUCAAUUCCUCUUCCCGUAGUAAACAACUCACUCUCCUUAUCUCCUUCUAUCUCAAACACUUUCAAUCAUAAAAGCAUUCUCUCAAACAGUUCCUUGCACUCUUUUUGCUUUCACCAAAAGUUUCGAUUCAGAUUCUCUAAACCAUUAAUUAGCCUUCAAAUUCCACUACUUCCCAUAUAUUUCCUUACAUUUCUAGACUCAUAAUUUUCUUGAAAAAUGAAAGAUAUAUUCUGUGCAUCCCAAGCUGCAACAGCAAUAUGUCUUAGUAUGGAAGAAGCUUCUUCCUCUUCAGCUUCCUCUUCCAUUAUCCAACUCGGCGGCGGCAGCAUUUCCAGCAGUCGCGCUAUUGACCGGUACAACCCCAUAAUCAGGGAUUCGCGACGAACAGGUCCUAAAUCCGUCUCUGCUCCUUGCUCAGCUCACUCACCAAUUUCACCAAAACCUCAGAACAAGAACCGAAAAACAUCCUCGAAACCAGCUAAAGAAACCAAGAGAAAAGGCUCAAGAAAGCCAUUGAUAGCUAAGGAUAAUGAUGAGAAAAGGAAGAGCAGUGCUGAGGGAAAUGAGAAUAUUAGUAUUAAGACUACAACUAGUAGUAGCUGGAGAUGCACAAAACCUGGUGAAUUUAUAACACCGCCUGGUUCUUCUAGGUAUCUUUUGGGUGAUCAGAAAAGUAAUUUGUUGGAUGCUUUAUCAGAUUUUGAUCCUAUUCUCAAGUUGGUUCCUAGUAAUUCUGUGGAAGCUGUGAAAACAGAAACAGAUGAAUCUUGUCCUACAAAACCACCACCUGCUAAUCAGGUGGUUGUUCUUAGAGUUUCACUGCACUGUAAAGGAUGUGAAAGGAAGAUGAGGAAACAUAUAUCCAGAAUGCAAGGCGUGACAUCUUUCAACAUAGAUUUUGCUGAUAAGAAGGUAACGGUUAUCGGGGAUGUGACACCAUUAGGGGUUCUUGCAAGCAUUUCAAAGGUGAAGAAUGCACAGCUUAUGACACCAACGCUAGCAUCUUCAGUCCCUUCUUCAGCCAAAGUUAAUUUAAGUAAUUCUGAGUUCAUGAAAGAUGUCAAGCAGCAGUUGAUAAAGCUGAAAGAUUGUAUCCUCAGCUGCCCGGAAAGGAAAAGGAAUCUGGUAAUAAUUUUCAAGGAAGCUUCCUCUUUCAUAUUCAUUCUCUUUCGUUUUACUCUGAGCAAUGGGGAAGGUGAGAGGGUGGAGCCAAGUUUACAAUUUCAUUUGUUACUCACUUCGUUUCAGUUUAUGUGAUCUUACUUUUUUAAUAUGUUCCAAAAAGAAUAACUCGUUUUUAAAUUUGAAAAUAAUUUAACUUAAACUUCCCAUUUUACCUGAAAAUGAGAAGCUUUCAUAGUCCUUAACCAACUAACCUUACUUCGUAACAUUAGCUUCCAUUUCUUUAUAGUUUUCUAGUUCAAAUAAGUGACUUUGUAACCUCAACGUACUUUUUUUUUCUUACUGUAACAUAGGUCUUCGCCACUUCAAACGGGCACUUCGCCCCUCUUUUUUUUUGAAUUAGAAAGAGCGGGGUCUUACUUAUCAGGGGGGAUGAAAGACAAAUAAAGGGAUCAUGGGGUCGGAGAAAGAGAAGGGGCGUGGUUAGUGUCACUAGGUUGGUGGGGAACCCAUAGGAAGGGGGGACAACCCACCAAAUUCACAUAAAAAAUCGCCAAAGACCACUUCUAUUCUCGGAUAAAGACCAUAAAUUGUCGAACAGGAUGAUAAAUGAAACCGAUGGAGUAUUAGUUAGCAAGCUCCCUUCCUCUGUGCCAAUUAAUCCAUACAUACAUAGUCAAAUCUCCAAACAUUUCUCCAAAGGUUCUAUUUUGAUGAAUCUCAUAAACCCAAGGAAAAAAAAAAACCACCUAUUUAGGUAUGUGAGUAAUAUGAAGACUAGGCUAAUGUCAGUGCAGCGCCAUUCUACUGUUGAUUAGAAAUAUGUAGAAUUAUUUACACUAUAGCCUGUAUAUUGAAAACUUUCCAAUGAAAAGGAUGCAUAUAUUGUUGUCAUACAACUUCGUAUAAAGCAUAUCACAUGAGUCAUGACACUUGAAUCAAGAGAUUUUCCAAUUCAUUGAAAAUGGUUUAAAAGAAAAUGCUGAGGUUUUGUGUUAUUACUAAGAUUUUCUUUCCACUAGUAGAUUCAGUAUAAACAGAAAACUUCAAGACAUGAAGAGAAAAGAGCAUCUUUGGACUCAUUAACUUUUUCUUUCUUCUCAUAACUGAGAUAUCCCCAAUGGUCAAUGGCACACAGUUUGAAAAUCAGUGAAUAAUGAGCACCUCAACUCUUCUCCACUUAAAUACAAGUUUUUUGUUUAUGGUGAGAUCCGAAACCGUGACGUGCGCCUAACCCAUACAUCACUUGUUGCGCUCUUCCCAUUAGACCAAAGCCCAGGAGGCAAAGAGAAAUGAAUUUCUAGAGGGCUAUUCAGUUGCGAGAAAUCUCCAAAAAGUUGCCGCACCCGUAUCGGAUUCUUAAAAAAUACACUACUUUUGGAGGAUCCGACAUGCACCCGACGGCAUGUUUUGAGAGUCCGAGCAACAUAGCUAUUCACAGAAAACCCCAUGUAGGAGAAGAUCAACAUAAUAUGUACUAAUGAACUUCUAACUUGUAUUCCACAAACUAGAUAAGCAACUAUAUGGAACAUGAAAUGUUGUAGCCUGAUGCUCAAGUUAUGUUUA